GAAAAAUCACUUUUUUCUGGAUUGGCAAGUAGUAGCGGUGAUCCAGAAACUCAGAGGAGAAGCAUUAGGUUAUGGUCUGGCAGAACUGAAGAAGACGGAGAUAAGGGGAAUGUGUAAGAAAGGUAAGAAACCUAAUGGCAAACAUGCUUUCUGCCGCGGAUCCAACUCGAUGGCUCCAUCGAACUCGGCCAACGACCCAUUGGCGUCUCUUUGCCCAGCACCAAACCGAAAGAGUAGGGCAAAAUUGGCGGCCUACCUGUCUGAAGAGCGGCAUGCCUCGGCGGACAGAAACGGAGGCCUCUUGCGCGGCGGCGAUGCCGCCCGUCAGGAAGUCCCAAAUGGAGGCGGCGGGGAGGAGAAAGGAGGGGAAUGACUCCUCAAGACGCCUCCUUUGGGCGGGGAAGGAGCUGGACGGGCGGAGUUUGGCGAAGGGAGAGGGAGGAGCGACUUGUCUUCUCCGUUUCACCGUAUGGAUCCUCUCCAAUACCAGGGAAAAUUUUUAUUCUUACAAUUUCCACAACUCCCCUUUUAUUUCCGGUAAAACCCUUAAAUUCAAAACAUGAAUGGUCGGAUGCAGCGUGGAUUAGUAGCAUAGUUGUGCGGGAUCCUCGAAAAAGUAGAAUUCGGCACGUGAUUUAUGGCCCCGCAAGGAUCUCAGGCCGCCAAGCGCCUGUGAACACGUCUCGGCAUCGGAACGGUUGAGAUAAAUGAAGCCGCGUUACCGCAUUAUACACUGUAUGCGGACUCUGCGGUCCCCGGUACGUCGAAUAAAAAGUCGUGGCCUCAUCAGAGAGACAUCGCCGUCUUGAUUGCGAGCGGAGAGGAGGAGAAUUGGGCGUUUUUGUGGCGGUCGAAAUCUAGGGUGCGGCCGCAGGGUAGGAGUUUGUGGAUUUCGCUCCUCGUCUCCUUGUUCUUCGAUCGAGGACCAGGCAUGCGGUGAUGGACCGAGAGGAGCCGGUCGAGGAAGGAAAAGAAGGCGAGGACGCCGUCGGCGUUACCUGCUCGAUUUGCCUCGAGGCCGUCAAGAGCGGAGGGGACCGGGCCACCGCUUGGCUGCAAUGCGGGCAUGAAUUCCACCUCGAUUGCAUUGGUUCUGCAUUUAAUGCUAAGGGAGUGAUGCAAUGCCCAAAUUGUCGAAAAGUUGAAGAAGGAAAUUGGUUGUAUGCAAAUGGCUGCCAUUCAACACCAGACUUCAUUGACGAAUUGAUUCAUGAUGGAGACCUCUACAAUCAUAGUUACAUUGAAAGUCCGAUCGGAGGUCAUUGGUGUCCAAUCAGCGACUUGGCAAGAAUUCCAUCAAUGUUUGAGGAAGGCGAAUCUUCUUCAGCUACUCCUUUUCGUGAUCCUUUUGGAUAUCAUGCUAUUGUUUCUGAGAAUCAGUCGACCAUGUCAUCACCUCAUCCACCCCCUUUCGUAACUUACACACAACUGCCCCAACCUUCUUCCUCCAAUCAGUCAUUUGAGGCCAUGCUUGAUGGUUCUGGGUAUCACCAUCAGUGGAGUUAUUUUUCAAGACCAAGAGAUAUUCACGCUCAUAUGAUAGCAGAGAGUAAUCGCCAUCAUCCAUCCUACCUAUUCAAUAGCCAUGAUCCAGCAUCUCACUUUUCAAGGAUCAACACGGAUGGUUUACCUGCUGCAGACUCUGUUUUCCAUCCUUUUGUUCUUGGUCAUGGAAAUGUCCCAAGAUCUGGCCCCACCAGCUCCUCUGUCCUUUCCUCGGUGUCACCAUUCCUCCGAACCCAUGCCAAUCUCCAUGAAGGCUUCCAUCGACAAAAUUCUCAAAGUGUGCAUGGAACAAGUAUGCCACAAUCUGCAAACCCGAGGGGUCUGAAUCCAGCAGACCAGUGUGUGACACCUUUCCUGAUAACUCCCAUUCCUUUAGAUGCUGAGGGAAUUCGAAACCGCCACCGUCUAUGGGAGCGUGAAGCUGUAAUGACACAUCCUUCUCCCAUUGACAGGGAGGCUAGUGCCUGGGGCUCUUUCCCACAGCCCAAUGGUGCACCAGACCGCAACUCACGGAUGGCCCUCUUGCUGUCACACAACGGACCCGAGAGGUCAUCAUCAAUACAAGCAGGCUACAACCAGACAAUAAUACCUCCAGGCCUCAUGCUGUCGUUGAUGUGAUGCUGAAUUUGGCACUUCUAGAAGAUGAACUAUUUUUGCAUUCUCAAAUCUCCCCUUGAAUGCAGUAAAUUUCAUUUUAAACUGUGAUGUCGAAUUGUAAACUCUACUAGCUGUGCGAACAUGUUGGUUGGUGAUGGCAAGAUGGAUGCUGGCUCCAAAUGGCAGGAACAAAAUAAGGUGUUGAAACUGUUGUAAGUUAAAAGUGUAAGGGGAGAGAAGGUCCCCUGAAGCUUAAAACAUGCACAGAUUUUCAUUAUGGGAAAAUCUAUCAAAAAUUUAGGAUGCUUUGAAAA